GCCUAUCAGACGAUACUCUGACAUCAUCGUGCAUCGGCUGCUGGCUGUAGCCAUUGAAGCAGACAGCACCUACCCAGACCUGAUGGACAAACACAAGCAGUCUGCCCUCUGCAACAACCUCAACUACAGACACAAGAUGGCCCAGUACGCACAGCGAGCCUCUGUAGCCUUCCACACACAGCUGUUCUUCAAGAGCAGAGGCAUCCUGAACGAGGAGGGCUUCAUCCUGUUUGUGAGGAAGAACGCCAUCAUCGUCCUCAUCCCUAAGUUUGGUCUGGAGGGAACGGUGUUCUUUGAGAACAAAGACAAACCCAGCCCCAAACUGGUCUUCAACGAAGAGGCUCCUAGUCUGACGGUGGAGGGCCACUCCUUCAACAUGUUUGACAAGGUCAAAGUGACCAUCAGUCUGGACGCGUCCAACGUCCAGCACCAGAAGAUCAGAAUGUCCCUGGUCGAACCUGUGAUCUCUGGAGUGAGUGUGGCGCCAUCUGAACCAGAACCAGAGGCCAAGAGAACUAAACUGGACCGUUGAAUAACACCAUCCUCACACUGAGAUCUCUCUCUUAGCUCAGUUUUGAGUUAUUUUAAAUGUUUAGCUUUUUUUCUACAUGACAAGCAGAGAACAUCCUGUGGUUAAUAUGGUUCUGAUUUGAAACAGAACCUUUUUUCCUUGACUUAUAGAACGUCAACCUUCCAGGUAAAUGUUAAUGAAAUGCCAGUAACCUGUAGAAUGGGGUAAUAUACUGUGGCAAGACGGUCUAUUCUAGAAGGAAUGUUUCCUUGUACAACUCCCAAUAAAUCUCUUGGUUUUA